AUGGCUUCCACCACGCAUAACGCUGGCUUGGACCAUGCCAUCACCGUCAAGGUGAUGUUCGAGGGCAUCACUCGUCGCACCAAGAUGCCUCUUCGGGAUAUGGUCCCAAGAACUCUUGAAUCUAAUAUCCGUACAUUCUUGCACAUUCCUGGAGAUGCUCAGGUUGCAUUUGAGCGAUACUCCGAUUCUGCUGCGUCUUAUGUCCUUCUUGAGGCCGAAAACAUCCCCAUCUAUAAACAACUCUACCGCGCCGCCAAGGCAAAGUCUAAGCUCAAGAUUCGUGUUACCGUCAAAGAACAGCCCAAGGUUACAGUACCUAAGCCUGUCACCGUCGAAGAUGAGCUUGAAACCGCGGCAUUCGGUUCUUCUCCUAUGGGCAUGGACGAGGCUCCCAAGGAAGCUCACGAGACCUCCGAAGAGCCAAGCCCUGCGCCCACUCCCGCAGCCGAGGCUCCUGCACCAACCCCAGCAUCAAUCUUUACAUCUCCCGAAACGACUCUUCCGGUCCGUAUUAGCCCUCUAUCGCGAACUUACAACUCUGCUCUCCUCAGUGAUGCUGCGAGACUCAUUGGAGAACGUCGGGAUGCUCGUUUGGAUUUUGAGAGCCGCCUUGCUAAUCUUAUGGAACGACAGUCGGUGCCAAAACAGACCCCCCAAUCUCUCCCUGUAACCAAGCAUCAACUAGCCCCAUUCUCUCUGCCCAAGACUCAAGAUCCAUCACUGAACAAAUGCCCUGCCAUGUUCACUCACGCUGGUCCUGGCUUCGCUGUCUGUUGCAAUAGCUGCGAAAACAAUAUUCCUGAUGUUCACUACCACUGUUCUACCUGUGACGACGGAGACUUUGACCUUUGCCAGUCAUGUGUCGAUCAAGGCAUCACCUGCCAUGGUCGAGAUCACUGGUUGAUUAAGCGCUCAACUGUUGAUGGACAACUAGUCCAGAGCACCACCGAGACUAUCGCCCCUAAGCCCAAGCCCAAGGCGGAGGUCAAAGUUGAGACUAUCAUUGAGACCAAGGUCGAGUCUAAGAUUCCACCUCCCGCUCAGACAUUUCAAUUGUCCAAGCCAAUUUUCGAGCCCCUCGCUGCUCCUUGGGCCUCUCUUGGCAUCAUGCGGACCUGCAACUGCUGUGUGCAAGAACACCCCGAGGCCGAGUUUCUUCAUUGCACCGUCUGUGAAGACUUCGAUCUUUGCCAACCAUGCUUCGCUAAGGACAAGCACGGCCAUCACCCCAAGCACGGAUUUGCCCCCGCUGUCAAGGGAACCAAGAUGCCCCAUCAUGUUACAGCCAAAAUGAGCCCAGGCCGAAACCAUAUGCACCACGCCAUCUGCGAUGGUUGCGACAAGUAUAUCACAGGUAUCCGUCACAAGUGCCUCGACUGUCCUGACUGGGAUUACUGUUCUACUUGCAUCAAGUCUGUCAAGAUCAUCCACCCUGGCCAUCGAUUUGCGCCUAUCUAUGAGCCACUCACUGAUGUCCGGGCUCGUGCACCAUCAGCCGUCCAUGUGGGCAUUUGCUGCGACGGACCUCUCUGCUCUGGAAGCCAGGCGUACCCAAAUUACAUCCGUGGUACCCGAUACAAAUGUGCUAUUUGCAAUGAUUUGGACUUUUGUGCCAACUGCGAGGCCAGCCCUAUUAACGCUCACAAUAAGACCCAUCCCUUGAUUCAGUUCAAGACUCCUGUCCGCCAUAUCAGUGUUACAACAAUUGGCGAGAACCAGGAUGGCCAGGAUAUGCCUGAAAUGGGUGACCACCAGAGCUCGUCCAAGUCUACUGAGACUGAACCAACGGUUCCCAGCAACUCCAUCAACCCUGUCCGCACCAUCGUUGAUGUUAAGCCAACUGAACCUGUUCCAGCCAAGAUUUCCGUUAAGGCUCCAGAGCCUGAGGUAAAGGAAAUCAAGAAGGAAUCUACUCCCGAGCCUAUCCCUAUCCCCAAGGCGGAAUUGAAGGGUGUAUUCGUUCGCGAGACCAUCCCCGAUGGUACUAUCCUCCCUCCCAACCAUGUUUUUGAACAAACAUGGACUCUCCGCAACGAUGGCAAGGAGAACUGGCCCGCUGGUUGCUCCAUCAGAUUUGUGAGCGGCGAUUACAUGGGUCAUGUUGACUCCAAUCACCCGGCCGGUAUCUCCGAGCUUGUGUCUGCCUCAGAGUCUACCGUGUGCUAUGCUCCUCUUGGUCCUGGUCAGGAAUUCACCUUUACCGUCCUCCUCCGAACACCCGCUCGGCCUGGCAAGGUCAUCUCUUACUGGCGUCUUACAACUCCAGACGGAGAGAAAUUUGGUCACAGACUGUGGUGUGAUGUCAAUGUCCGAAUUAUGAAGGAGGAGCCCAAGCCUGAGCCCGUGCCCGUGCCCGUGCAGGAGGCGAAGCAGGAGCCCGCAGCUGUUGAGGAGCCCAAGCAGGAGAAUGAUAGCCAAGCCUCGAGCCAGAUGAUUUUCCCCAAGCUUGAGAAGGAGUCACCUGUGGCUAGCAUCCACGAGGCAGUUGAGCCUGUCUCUGUCGUUGAGGAGCCCAAAGAGUCAGAAACCAUUGAUGACGAAUGGGACUAUUCCGAAGAUGGAUUCAUGACAGAUGAGGAAUACGACAUCCUGGAUGCUUCCGACGAGGAGUAUCUGGAGGAGCAAAAGAAGAAACUUGUCACCAAGUAA